AUUCCUUUGAACCCCCACAUAACCUGGUCUACUACUUAGCAGGACUCGCUGCAAGAUUAUCACAUCACAGCCAUAUCAAAUUCGAUGGACUGGCCACAGUGGCAAUUGACCGCUGAUUUGGUGGGCCUCAUCUUCAACUGGGGACUGCUGGGCAUUUUAUGUCUUCAAACCUACGGAUAUGUCGAACAGUCUGCUCUAGAGCCUGUAAGACAUAGAGCUGCAGUAUACAUCCUCUUCCUGUUUGAACUGGUCCAAUCAAUACUCCUCGCAGUGGAGGUCAUCCAAGUUGUGGUCGCUGUACCAUACGUGGACCUCUUCUGGUUCAGCGUGUACAUCGUGUCGCCUAUAACAUGCGCCGCAACUCAAUGCUUCUACGCGAAGCGUAUCAUAGAACUGUCCAGAAGACAUGUAUGGUCAGGUUUCAUCGUCACGUUCAGCGCAGGACAACUUAUAGCCGGAAUCAUCGCUGGCAUUUCUCUCACACUGGAACAGUGGAGAAGACCGGGUCCUCCUUUCGCGCUGAUGGUGUUUAUUUGGCUGGUGCUCAGCAUCGCCGCAGACCUGAUCAUAGUCGUGUCGAUGAGUAUGAUGCUAUCCAAGGCGAGAUGGACUUCGUAUAGCCAAUCAGCUGGUAUUGCGACUCGACUGACCACAAUCAUCGUCGAAACCGGAAGUUUGAUGGGUUCGUAGACCAUCCUUUCAUGUCUUGUCGUCUGCAUGCUUAAUCUGCUCCGGUGGACGUUAGCAUGUGGUCCGAUAGUGGCA